AUGGCUGCCGACGCCAUGAUGAACCACCCUUCCUUGGAAAAGGAAGAGGGCCAACUCUCUGAGAAGUCCGCUGCUUCCAACCUGGACUCGGAGGACCAGCAGGUCGAUGCUUCCAAGGAAGAUGAAGCUCCUCCGCGCGACAUUACCGGCUGGAAGUGGGCCAUUGUCGUGGCGGCCAUCUACAGUUCGCAGUUCCUCUUCGCCCUAGACAACACCAUCGUCGCCAACAUCCAACCAACCAUCGUCGAGGACUUCAACUCCAUUUCCAAGCUGUCCUGGAUCAGUGUGGCCUUCCUCAUCGGUGCUGCUUCGACCAACCUCGUCUGGGGUAAGAUCUUUGCCCAGUUCAACGCCAAAUGGACCUACAUCAUCUGCAUUGCCAUCUUCGAAAUCGGGUCCGCCGUCUGUGGCUCCGCACCCACCAUGAAUGCCUUCAUCGUCGGUCGUGCUAUCUGUGGCUUCUCCGGCGCCGGCAUGUACGUCGGUCUGAUGACCAUGCUGGCCGUGACCACCUCCAUGAAAGAGCGGCCCACGUAUGUCGGUGGCGCCGGUUUCACCUGGGGUGUGGGCACCGUGCUGGGUCCCAUCAUUGGGGGCGCCUUCACGGACUCAUCUGCUGGCUGGCGCUGGUCCUUCUACAUCAACCUGUGCAUCGGUGCAGUCUGCGCCCCUGUCUACAUCUUCAUGCUCCCCAACAAAGACCCCCGGCCCGGCGUCAGCCUUGGAGCCCGCGCUCGCGAGAUCGACUACCUGGGUGGUGUCUUGACCAUUGGCGCCUUCAUCUCCGGUGUCAUGGCCAUUUCCUUCGGUGGUGCGACGUAUCCCUGGAACUCGGCCAAGAUCAUCGGUCUAUUCUGCUGCUCGGGCGUGCUGUUCAUCCUGCUCGGUAUCCAGCAGGGCAUUCCUGUCUUCACCACCAAGGAACGACGUCUGUUCCCCGUUGAAUUCCUCCGCAGUCGCACCAUCCUUAUCCUCUUUGCCAUGACUGCUGCCGGUGGUACCCUCAUCUUCCUUCCCGUCUACAUGUGCCCGCUUUUCUUCCAGUUCACGCGCGGUGACUCUGCCCUCGAGUCUGGUGUCCGGCUGCUCCCCUUCAUCAUCCUGAUGAUCGUGGCGGUCAUUGGAAACGGCGCUAUUCUGUCUGCGCACGGGCUGUACAUGCCGUGGUUCUUGGCCGGUGGCAUUCUUUGCCUGAUUGGUAGCGCAUUGAUGUACACCGUGGGUCUUACGACCUCGGUCGCACACAUCUACGGCUACACGGUGCUGAUUGGGUUCGGAGUGGGCUUGUUCUCUCAGGCUUCUUUCUCCAUUGCCCAGGCCGUGGCUGAGCCGCAUAUGGCCCCGUCAGCGGUGGGUUUCAUUACCUGUGCGCAGAUCUCCGGGUGCACGAUCGCUCUGGCCAUUGCCAAUGCGGUAUUCCUAAACAAGAGUGUGGAGGGCAUCAAGGCGGUUCUACCGAAUGUGUCUUCGUCGGAGGUGGAGUUGGCCAUUACGGGUACUGGGUCUCAAUUGUUUGAUGGACUCAGUCAGGAAACGAAGGACAGGGUGUUGGAGGCGAUUGUCAAGGCGCUAAACAACUCGUAUAUUCUGUCGAUGGUGGCGGCGGCGCUGGUAGUGGUGUUGAGUGUGUGCAUGAAGCGUGAGAAGCUGUUCAUUGCUGGUGGUGCUGGUGGUGUCUAGACUAAGUUGGAGAGGUAAAAAUGGGGAUAUGGGGAAGCAGUGCUGGAGAAGACUGCUCUGAUGGAUGCAGAUAGAUGCAUUACUCUACUUAGAAUUUGGGACCAUCUCCCUCUCUGGGUUAUAGAUAGUACAUGAGCCUGGAUUCAUACAAAUCCUGGCAUGUUUAAUGACG